GCUCGCCAUCAGUUCGGGGCCUUCUCCCCGACCGUCUCUCGCCGCCCUCCCUGCUUCCUCUCGCCGCCCGCCUCGCUUCCUCUCGCCGCCCGCAUUCCACCCCCUCUCCCUGUCCCUGGCCGAAGGCUCCCCUCCGUGUGCCCCUCCCGAUGCUUGCCCGCCAGGCGCUGGUGGCCGGGCCCCGGUGGCUGCCCACAUGUCGCCGGGCACUCUCCACGACUCCCGCCCCGGGGGUCCUUCUGCGCGACUACCUUUUCCGGGGCCUCUAUGCCCCGGGGGCAGGCUACUUCGAGCAGCAUGCCACCAUCUUGCAGACAUCCCCCGCCGGGGAGGCCGAGCACCCUGCCCCGGUGGCCUCUGGACGGGCUCCGCCAUCCGGCCAGCGCCUGGCCUUUGACCAGCUGGCCGGCGAGACCGAGUACAAGCAAGCCGUGGCCCGGCUGUACACGGGGGCCAUUGGCAGCGCCGACCAGCCUGGCGAUUCACCCCAAGUGUGGCACACCCCGGUGGAGAUCUUCAGCCCCUGGUAUGGGCGGGCGCUUGGUCGAUACCUUCUCUCACAGCAUGGGCGCCGGUUAUCCCGGCACGGUGAGCACCCGCUGUCGGUGACCGAGCUUGGUGGAGGCAAUGGGACCCUGAUGUUGGACAUCCUGGAUUACAUUCAAGCCGAGGCGCCGAGCGUCUACCAGACCAUGCAGUACAGCUUGUAUGAUGUGAGCAGUCGCAUGCACGCACUUCAGCGUGCCGCACUGGCUGGCAGCGCGCACGCGCCGCUCCUCGAUCGGCGCCCCGGGCCGGCUGCCGGAUCUGUGCAGCUACACCAUCGCAGCGCACUGGACAUUGACCCGAGCCCGGACUUGGGCUUCGUCAUUUCGGCCGAGAUGCUGGACAACCUUCCGCAUGACCGGGUGGUUUGGUCAGCCCGCGCACCGACCAAGCCCUUCGAGAUCCAUGUGGCCCCCGGGCCGGAGCCUAAUGGCUUGCCACAUGCCUUGGCUCGACCCGCGGCCGACCCAUGGGUGAUCCAGUAUCUCACUCUGCACAUGGAGUACCGGCGCUUCCUGGACACGAUGGCCGCCCACCAAGAUGCCAGCAUCUGGGCCCGGGUGAAGUCGUGGGUGGGGUCGGUCACCGGCGGCAUGGCAGCCUCCACGGUCGCCGGUCCUUCUCUCUCGCCGAUGGGGGCCGACCACCUGCCGGUGAGCAACAUGCUGGGAGACAUCAUGUACGGUCUGUAUGCGCCGACAGUUUGCCUGCAGCUGAUGGAUCGCCUGGCCCGGGCCCGGCCGCGACAAAGCCUUCUUUUCACGGACUUCUCCGCACUGCCGGACGCGGUCUCCAGCGAGCCCCUGGCGCCGGUGGUGCAAAGCGUCCUUCGGCCGGACCAAUUCCCCGGCUUCCGCCUGUAUCCCGGCAUCACGGACAGUCUCUAUGCCCCGAGUGUCACGGACUGCCAGUCGGCGAUGGCGGCCGAAACGCGCGCCCUCAAGACCUACCUCCUGCCCCCGGACCUCCUCCGCCAGUGCGAUGUCUUCUUCCCGACGGACUUCCAGUGGCUCGUGUGGCUAGAUGCUCGCCUGCGCCGGCGCCACCAUCCGGAGCUGUUCGGCCCGGAGGAGGGCACCGGGGCCGGGUCCCAUGCUGCUGGCACCGGGCGUGCCCUGUCGCAUGGGGACUUCUUCCGGGCCUUUGGCUCGCCAACCGGGACACGCACCCGAUCCGGCUUCGAUCCCCUGGUGGAUGACUACUUCAAUGUGGGUUUCCUCCUGACCGGGACUCUCGAUGCGGACGCCCCAUGAGCAUGGGAUCCCUUCGCUGCCGUUGUCCCUCCUCCUGUCCCUCUUCCCUAUUUUUGUGUUCCCUCUUUCUUUCUCUCUCUCUCUCU